AUGUCUCACUUUACUGUGCAUCUGAAGACCACUUCUGGUGGUGAAAAGAUUUCCAUUGAUGUCAGGAAUGAAAUGACGAUCGCGGAAGUCAAGUCUCUGGUGGCCGAAAAGGCAAACAUCGCUGCUGAUAAUCAGCGUCUGAUUUACAAGGGGCAGGUGCUGAAGGAUGACAGGACAGUGGAGAGUUAUGGCGUGGCUGCGGAUCACGUCCUGCACCUAGUAAGGGCAAGAGCACCGAGUACAACUCCCCAGCCAUCAUCAGCUGCAACUUCACCUCCUGUUGCGCUUGGUCCUGAUGCUGGCCUUGGAAACCUGGGUCUUGGAGGAAUGGGCAACAACCCAGAGCUCAUGUCACAGAUGAUGAAUUCCCCGAUCAUGCAGAACAUGAUGAAUGAUCCAGAGCUUCUGCGCAACAUGCUUUCACAGAACCCAAUGGUGUCCCAGAUCAUGGAGCGUAACCCUGAAUUUGCUCAGAUCAUGAACAACCCUCAGCUUCUGAGGGAGUCAAUGCAGCUGGCUGCCAACCCGGCUCUGAUGCGCGAACAGAUGCGCAACACAGAUCGAGCCUUCAGCAACCUGGAGUCGCACCCUGAAGGAUUCAAUGCUCUCCGGCGCAUGUAUGAGAACAUCCAGGAGCCAUUGAUGGAUGCUGCGGCAAAUGAUGCAGCCAAUCUUGCAGCCGGCAAUGCAAGGAACCCCUUUGCCUCGCUGGCAGCUGGUACUCCCUCCUCCACUGCGCCUGCCACCGGUACAGGGGCGCCCGCUGACUCUGCCGCCCCCGCUGUGCCCAACACUUCUCCCCUGCCCAACCCAUGGGCACCUGCUGCUACACAGCCCCUUGGAGGGGUUCUGGGUAUGGGAGGUGGAGGACUGGGCUCCCUUGGUGGCAUGGGAAUGGGUGGCAUGGGAUUGGGCGGCAUGGGUAUGGGCGAUAUGGGAAUGGGCAUGCAGAACGCGAUGCAGAAUCCGGCCAUGCAGCAGGCGCUGCAGCAGAUGAUGUCACAGCCACAAAUGAUGGAGGCUCUGACUCAGAACGCAGUCAACAACAACCCCCAGCUGCGCCAGAUGCUGGAUUCCGACCCCCGCCUCAGGGCAGCAAUGUCAGAUCCGGACAUGCUGCGCCGCUCCCUGGACCCUGCCAACAUCCAGGCCAUGAUGCAGAUGCAGCAGGCCAUGCAGCAGCUGCAGGGCAGCGGCCUGAUGCCCCCCGGCCCCGGUGGGGCCCUCGGCCUCGGCGCUGGUCUUGGCAGUGGCCUGGGCGCCGGUCUUGAGCAGCCACCUGUCAGUGCAGGUGCCCCACCUGCUGUACCAAACUUUGCCUCCAUGUUCAACUCGCUCAACAUGGGGGGUGGCGGCGGGGGCCUUGGAGGCUUUGGAGUUCCCGCAGCUGUCUCCAACCCAGAGACUGCAUAUGCCACACAGCUGGAGCAGCUCAGGGCCAUGGGUUUCUUCGAUGAGCAAGCAAACAUUCAGGCUCUGCAGGCUACCGGAGGAAAUGUCAAUGCUGCUGUAGAGCGCCUGCUGGGUGCUUGAGCUCAGCAUCCUUCUGUUGGCAACGCUAAUCAGAGCUUGGUGCUCUGCCGUCCCCAGUGGGCAUGUGUACAAUGUGUCUUCUCUUGGCGUUAAUCUUAGGUUAGUAGGUUCCUGAGUAGAAUGUUGUUUUCAAGCGCCUGUUGGACACCACUGCAACCUCCAAAGAGUUGUGUGAUGCUCAUUCAAAUGUAAUCAUUAGAUUGUGAAUGUUCCCCAGGCUGUUGCAAGCUUGACAUAAUCAGGACCAGCACAUUCGUACGCCCUCAAGCUCAGAAUUUUAUAUGCCUUCAAGUCAGCUGAUCAGCUCAUGAGCUGCAGGGUGGGAUCAAGAUCAUCAGUGUGGGAUCAAGCUCAGACCAGAGGAAAAGGUUUCUCCACAUGUGCAUUCGAGUCCCUUCAAAUAAUGCUGUACUCAAAGUGAGCGAGGCAGCGACCACUCUGAGUCACAAUAUCAACAUCUAGAUCUGAGCACGUUGAAAGCUCUGAGUGACAAGCUCAGAGCUUGGUCAUAGUCUCUGAUCAGUCAUUACAAAAAUAGUACCAAUGUGAGGGAAGACGUCCUUAUGCAAGUUGAGGACAUCCCCUUAUGUCCCAUCACCAUGGUCAUGCCCGUCUGAAGAGGAGGCGUCUGUGUCAUAUUCGGCAGAGUGCAUGACUGGUGUCAUGCCCAGCGACCUCUUUUCUAGCAUGUGAGAUGCCACCUUUGCAGGAAGACAGUCAACAAGACACGUCUGCUUGACUUCCAGAUGCUGCCUUAAGUCAUGGAUGUGCAUGUAUGGGGCAACCAUGGCAGCUAUUAUGUCCACGGCUUCCGCCCGCCGCCCUGCAAAGGCAUCAGGUGAGCUGCUGCCGACAGUGAGGGUCCCAAGCGCCUUUCCCUUGCUGUGCAUAGGAGCCACAUGUACACUGGCUGCUUCGGGCUCAUCCGCCGAGAAACUAGUGCCAGCUGAACCCCCUUCUCUGGCAGUGUGUUCCCCGCAAACC